AUGUCUACCGGCAGGCUAUAUCUGAAGCCUCCACUUGGUGAUCAGAAACAAGGUUCUGAGGAUCCUUCGAAGGCGAGCACCGACCAACAAAACAGCAACAGCUCGAAAUCCCCAUCAGUGAGCACCAAAACUCUCCAACCCAAGAAAAAAGACAAGGGCGGAAGAGGCAAUGACUUCAGCAUCGUUGGGAAUAAUAUUACGGGGAAAAAAUUGGAGAGAGUAGGAAUUUUCGAGUUUGGCAACACCCACAUCUACAAAGGCCACGGCAAAGAAAAACUAGUCGACUCCGGUGGAGAAACUGACUCGGCAUCCAGUACUGAUGAAGACGAAGCAGAACUGAUGACUCACUGA